AUGGCUCGCAAAUUGAGUGAGAGUGGAGCUUUGCCGAAAGGGCAAAAACGCGCUCGAGAUUCUGAUGGAGAGAACUACCAAAGGGAUCGUUCAAGUAAAGAGGGAAAGAAAAGAAAGAAGGAGGCAGUUGUUGAGAGAUCGGAAGAGUGCAAUAGCGGAGCUGAUAAUUGCCAAUCUAAAGGCAAACAAAAAGAGAGAGAAGCCAAGGGUAAGCUAAAACCUCGUGGAAGAACUCAAGAACUCACAAGCUCAGAACAGAGUAAACUGCGAUAUUUUGGCGAAGAUCAGCUCGUUAAUUUCGGCAAAGAAGACAGGUUUAACGAAAGCAGCGAUCAAGAAAGUCUCAACAAAGAGAAACGAAAGAAAAAGGCACGUGGUAAUGACAGUUCACCGGUUCAAAAUGAAGAGAAACACGAGAAUAGGGAAAAUUCCAAAGGCACGUAUGAUAAAAAUGUGAAAAAAUCCUACAUUGUUGUUGGGAAGAAAAGAACCAAAAAGAGGCAUGAUGAUAAUACUUUUUUGGAAGAACAACAUGUAGGUAACCCGGAAACCACUAGUGAUGUAAACAGAGAUGAUAUUGAGAUAGAUAGCAAAAAGAAAAAGAAAAAGAAGAAAACAGGAAAGGAAUUACAUUACCUAUAUGAUACCCAAAGUAGUAAAGGACUUCAUAAGAAACUGUUAGAGACUUGGGAGGAAGCAGUCUAG